UGCCGAGGGGGAAUUCAUAGAGAAGGAAAUCUCUGCUAUAUAAGCACCGAUUUACAAAUCUCUUUUCCCACCGAUUCUUGGAUCUUCGUAUAAAAGCUUCACCUUUUCGAAUCUUCCUACCUCCUUUCGCUGUUUUCUUUUUCGAUUUUCUUGAAAUCGUUGGGGAAUUUGAAACCCUAGAUCUCGAUUCCGAAACUCGGAUAGCUAACUAGCGGAAAAAGGGAAUGGCUGGUCAGGGAUCGGAAGGAAAUCAGCCAGUGGAUCUCUCCAAGCAUCCUUCAGGGAUCGUUCCGACUCUCCAGAACAUUGUCUCGACUGUGAACUUGGACUGCAAGCUGAAUCUUAAAAACAUAGCUUUACAGGCUCGAAAUGCUGAAUAUAAUCCCAAGCGUUUUGCUGCUGUAAUCAUGAGAAUAAGAGAACCGAAGACCACUGCGUUGAUAUUUGCCUCUGGAAAGAUGGUGUGUACUGGGGCUAAGAGUGAACACCUUUCAAAGCUAGCGGCAAGGAAGUACGCUCGGAUAGUUCAGAAGCUUGGCUUUCCUGCAAAGUUCAAGGAUUUCAAGAUUCAGAAUAUCGUAGGCUCCUGUGACGUGAAAUUUCCUAUAAGACUUGAAGGCCUGAACUACUCUCACGGUGCUUUUUCAAGUUACGAGCCUGAGCUAUUCCCUGGUCUGAUUUAUAGAAUGAAACAGCCGAAAAUCGUGCUGCUUAUUUUCGUUUCUGGAAAGAUUGUUAUUACUGGAGCCAAGGUAAUGUUACUUUCUUCAGUUUUUUUGCCUUUUGUUUUUGUUGUAUUGCCGUGCGAGGUUGUCUACCUUUCCUAUCUGAUAAAAAUCCUGAGGUCACUAUCAGAUGAGAGAGGAGACUUACACUGCAUUUGAGAAUAUAUACCCAGUUCUGACAGAGUUCAGGAAGAUCCAGCAAUAGUAUGUACGUCUCCUGUCUUCCUAAAGAUUUCUGUAUCGUGGGUCAUGCUCGUUCGUUCGCGAUCUUUCUGCAUCUAACUGCAUAACACCAGAACCCGAAUAUGAGAUUCGAAAUCAUAUGUUGAGGUGAGAAUGUGAUGCCUAUCUUCGCCCCAUUCUGAAUCCAUCAUCUUCCAAAACUGUUUCCAGAUUUAGGUGUGGCAACUGGCAAGCGCUUUCAGAGAGAUUCAUUUUGUGGUCUGACUCAUAUUGUAAAUACAGAAAGGAGACUGAUACUUCCUAAGUAACUCUUAAAGGCUUACUUCUUUCUGGAGAUCCACUCUGGCUUUUGUAAUAUCCAAAGAUGAGAUACUUGCCAUUAUCCAAAGACGAGUUUCUUAGUUCUA